GUACGUGUUGUUUUAGUCAACGACCUUGAACACUUUUUCCGUUGUAAUUCUAACAUAGCGUGACACACAUUUUCGGUUGUUCACAAAUACACUAUUACGCACAUACCCAUUGUUCUAUUCUCGCUCGUUACCAAGUCAAUUGCGUUCUAAACUGGAUAUUAUCCUCAUUUCAGACUGCAGUGUCAUUCCCAUUAUAUCCUACAUCAAAGAAACUUAUUGGCGUCAUAUUUACCUCUGUGGAAUUAUUACGCAUUUAUAAUUGUGGAUUUUUGAGACCAAAACUCAACAGAACACGCAACGACUAGCCGAUUUAAGUAACGUCCCUAAUUUGUUAUUGCAUUUGUAACAUUUAACUUGUAAAUAUUAAUAUUACUAUUGAUUGCUAUUAACUUUGUUGAUACUUUUGCGUUUAUAUAUUGUUUGGUCCACCACAAUUAUUUGGUGAGCCUCGAUUAUUUUUUUUAUAGACAUUUACUAUAUAUAUCUACAUAAUUUUUUAUUAUUAUUGAUUAGCACGACACCAUUUCUUGUUUUUUGUCAUUAUGAACUCUCCGGGUAAACUUAUUGAUAUUGAUAGUUCACCGACCAACCUUCUAAACUCUCCACAACCAGAGGAUAAUGUUUUAAACUCAAUCAACGCUAUCUCAGAACUAAGAUUACCAACGUACGGUGUUAAUAAUCCCAGGAUCUGGUUUGCACAGGUUGAGGCAUUAUUUUUGUCGAGAGGUAUACGCUCGCAAGCGACAAAAUAUGCAUACAUCGUUGGAGCAUUACCCAUAGAAGUGGCAGCAGAAGUCGGAGACCUGAUAGAUAACGUACCAGAAGCGGACCCAUAUGACAAAAUAAAAGCCGCAGUAAUCCACCGUACUUCGCAGUCUGAUGAAAAACGCUUACAGCAACUACUCACCGCAUGCGAGUUAGGGGACAAAAGACCUUCACAGUUGCUUAGACACAUGAGACAACUAGCAGGCUCAUACAAGUUAGAUGAAGCAUUACUUAAGCAGAUGUGGUCACAAAGGUUACCUUAUAGCGUCAGACAAAUUCUCAGCGUAUCAGGAGCCUCUGUCAGUCUUGAUGAUUUAGCAGACAUGGCCGAUAAGAUAAUAGAAAUAUAUCCCGAUAGUCGGGGAAUUAACGCUGUACAACCCGCUAGUAGAGAUGCUAUGAACCCUACUCUUGACAUGCAGCAACAAAUGGCACACUUAACACGGCAGCUAGCAUCACUGCAGGCGACUAUCUCCACCAUCCAUUCUCGACGCCCCAGAUCUAGGUCCAGAAGGAGAUCAGUAUCCAGACAUCGUCUUAGGUCACCUAAGCGGGCAGCCGGAAUUUGUUGGUAUCAUUCGAAUUAUGGUGAGAAAGCACGUCGUUGCACAAAACCGUGCAACUUCACGGCAAGCAAGCCAGACCAUCAGGGAAACGAAGUGGCCAGACAGUAAUAGCGGCAGCUGUUACUGGCCAACAUGUCAGCCGCCUCUUCCACAUCAGGGAUCGUAUUUCUGGCUCAGACUUUUUAGUCGAUACGGGAGCAGAAAUCAGCAUCAUCCCACUCCAUCUCUCACGCAGACAACAUACGACAAGCACUAAAUUGUCCUUGGUAGCGGCUAACGAAUCAGUUAUCAAAACUUAUGGAGAACAAUCUCUUAUAUUAGAUCUCGGGCUCCGUAGAAGAUUCACAUGGGUAUUCAUAGUUGCUCAAGUCAAACGACCCAUCCUCGGGGCCGAUUUUCUUAGUGCGUACAACCUGUUAGUUGAUAUGACCAACAAGAGAUUAAUCGACGUAAACACACGUUUACAGGUAAAUGGUACACUCUCCAACGACAACGAGAUCCAUGGUGUUCGAAUAAUGAAACCUGUGAACAACAACUUCAACGACAUUCUAACAGAAUACCAGUGCAUUACGAAAUCAGAUUACCAAAAGGAAGGUAACCCACAGCUGGUACAACACCAUAUCACUACCACCGGACCACCUAUUAGCGCCAGGGCGAGGAGAUUACCACCAAGCAAGUUGCAAGUAGCUAAAAGAGAAUUCGAACAUAUGAUGCAACUUGGUAUUAUCAGACCAUCCAACAGCCCCUGGGCCUCGCCGUUACACAUGGUACCAAAGAAGGACCAAGAUUGGCGUCCGUGUGGUGACUAUCGACGAUUAAACAAUCAAACCAUCCCGGAUAGGUAUCCUAUUCCACAUAUACAUGACUUCGCGUUAAAUUUACAUGGUAAAUGCAUCUUCUCGAAGCUCGACCUAGUGCGAGCAUAUCACCAAAUUCCAAUGGCACCGGAAGACAUUGAGAAAACAGCCAUAAUAACACCUUUUGGUUUGUUUGAGUUUCUAAAGAUGCCAUUCGGAUUAAAAAACUCUGCGCAGACAUUCCAACGCUUCAUGGAUAACGUAACAAGAGGCCUUGAUUUCGUGUUUGCAUACAUCGACGAUGUUCUCAUUGCAAGCUCAUCUUUAGAAGAGCAUAUCCAACAUGUCCAGACCCUUUUUGAUCGUUUUAAAAAACAUGGCGUCGUCAUCAAUCCUUCGAAAUGCAUAUUCGCAGUCCCAGCCUUAGAGUUUUUAGGACAUUACAUUGACUCUCAAGGCAUCAAACCACUCCCAGAAAAGGUUGAAGCUAUUACCAAUUAUCCCGAACCAACCUCGGUGAAGUCAUUACGACGCUUCCUCGGUAUGUGUAAUUUUUACCGCCGUUUCUUACGACAUUGUGCUGAAGUAUUACAGCCAUUAACCGAUCUGUUGAAAGCCGACAAAAAAGGUACGAAGAGAGAGAAGAAUCAAACAUUCAACCUAUCUCUUGAUGCCAAAACAGCGUUUGAAAAAGCAAAGUCGAUGAUAGCUAAUGCCACCAUGCUACAAUAUCUAAAUACUGACCCCACAACCCACUUAAUUCUGUGUACCGAUGCAUCUCAAAAAGCCGUCGGGGCAGUAUUACAACAACAGGUAAACAAUAUGACUACCCCCAUAGCGUUUUUCUCCAAAAGAUUGUCACCAGCCCUGGAACGCUAUAGUACCUUUGGACGGGAGUUACUUGCUAUCUACUUAGCCGUUAAACACUUUAACUUUUUACUACAAGGACGAACUUUUACCAUCAUGACCGAUCACAAACCUUUAUGUUACUCAUUCCACACAUCGUACGACCGACAUUCACCUCGCGAAGCACGACAACUGGAUUACAUCUCCCAGUUUACGACAGAUAUCCAAUUUGUCAAAGGACACACCAACGUCGUAGCUGACGCAUUGUCACGUAAGGACGUAAAUACCCUGUUACGUAAACAAGACAUCGAUCUAGAAACCAUCGCAAAACUACAAGUAGACGAUGCAGAUUUGAAGGCCUGCCAGGAGAAGUCUAACUUGAACCUUAAACCAGUACCCAUCCCUUUCUCAAAUACAUCUAUCAUUUGCGAUGUUUCAACGGGUAACAAUCGCCCUUUUGUACCUCUAGCAUGUCGUCGACAGGUAUUUCAUCAACUGCAUGACCUUUCUCACCCAGGAAUCAGAGCCACAAUCAAAUUGGUUACUGAGCGUUUUGUGUGGCCAAAAAUCAAUUCAGAUAUAAAACGAUGGACGCGAAGCUGCCUACAAUGUCAACGCAGCAAGAUUCAGAAGCACACGAUCAGUCCAGUUGGCAAGUAUCCCCUGCCGGAAAAACGUUUUCAGCAUAUCCACUUAGACAUAGUUGGUCCAUUGCCACCAUCUAAUUCAUUCACUCAUAUUCUCACUGCGGUGGACAGGUUCACAAGAUGGGCCAUAGCAUGCCCUAUUGCUGAUACUUCUGCAGAAACAGCCGGCGUAUUCCUUGACCGUUGGAUAGCAAAUUACGGAGUACCUUCCAUCGUCACUACCGACCGUGGUCCCCAGUUUCAGUCUAUCUUAUUUCAGGAAUUCACAAGACUUCUGGGCGUGAACCACAUCAAAACAACAGCCUACCACCCAGCAGCUAACGGCUUGGUCGAAAGAUUUCACCGCCAAUUGAAAAGCUCGCUGAUGGCACAAGAUGAUACGACAAAAUGGAGUGACGCAUUACCACUUGUACUCCUGGGUAUCCGUUCAACUAUAAAGGAAGAUAUAGGUUGUACAGCCACUGAGCUAGUUUACGGUACAACCCUUACAUUACCAGGUCAACUAGUGGACCCAAACACUUUAACACCAACGGACCCAAGUCGUUUUGCUAGCCAACUGCUGCAAACCAUGCAACGAAUCAAAGCCAUACCGCCUCGUGAACAUAACAAUCGAAUACAACUCAACAGAAAUCUAGAAACAUGCAAGUUUGUCUUUGUUCGAGUUGAUGCUGUUAAAAAGCCAUUGAAACAACCUUAUGAAGGACCAUAUCAAGUAAUUAAAAGAACGACCAAACACUUCAUAAUCAACAAGUGUGGAAAGAAAGAGACUAUCGCUAUCGAUAGAAUAAAGCCUGCUUUCUACGAAGCACAACUUGACAAAGAACAUACUAUUUCACUGAACCAACCCCGUCCAGCAACCACCACUACAGCAGACAGGGAAGAAAAACUGAGUAUCAAACCUACUUGUUUAACGCGCUCAGGCAGAGCCGUAAAAAAACCCAAACGCUAUGUACAUUUCGCCGAAUAAAAAAAAAUCUAAACAAACAAUUACUGAUGUACUAUACGAUUAUACUCACCCGAUUUUUCCCAACAAAAUCCAUGAUUUUUUUCCCUUUUUUUACAGUGUACAUAAUUAACCAUAUUUUUUUUCCCACAAUUAUUCGUUUUGUCACAUUUUUUUUCAUAGAAAAAAAUUUGUUACAAUAAUAAACGAGUAAACUCUAUUUAAUUAUUCAUUUGUUGUACACACACACACUCAAAAAAAAAUAAGCAGUUCAUUUUUUUUUGGGGGUCAGUAACAGUCUGCACAUUAUUAUCAUUGUUAGCAAACCAAGCUUUUAAAUGACGGUAUUCUCAUUACUUUUGUUUGUCAUGCUAUGCCACAUCACCGCUAUUUUCACGCAAUAACACACUGUAUAUUGUUAACGUACAUGUCAUACGCAUCUCCACAUUGUUAAUUGGUUAUUAUUGUAAAUAAUUUUUUUUUGGUAUAAAAUUUUUAUUAUUGUUAUUGUAACCAGUGUUACCUCCGGACACUCUGGGGGGAGCUAUGUGGAGAUAGACCUGACAACCUUAUUUUGUAAAUAGUUUUCAAUGUUAUUUCUAUUUGUUUUGUCAAUUUUUCACUGUAUGUACAUUUAUCAUUAAAUGACUGUACGUGUUGUUUUAGUCAACGACCUUGAACACUUUUUCCGUUGUAAUUCUAACAUAGCGUGACACACAUUUUCGGUUGUUCACAAAUACACUAUUACGCACAUACCCAUUGUUCUAUUCUCGCUCGUUACCAAGUCAAUUGCGUUCUAAACUGGAUAUUAUCCUCAUUUCAGACUGCAGUGUCAUUCCCAUUAUAUCCUACAUCAAAGAAACUUAUUGGCGUCAUAUUUACCUCUGUGGAAUUAUUACGCAUUUAUAAUUGUGGAUUUUUGAGACCAAAACUCAACAGAACACGCAACGACUAGCCGAUUUAAAAAUCGAACGAGUUCUAAUGUCGCUUGUAACUCCGAAUUUAAGAAGUGUGGGAAACACAAUGCCAAUUUUUCUUUCGUGUCAAUAAUGGACGGGAUGAUUGAGAGCAACUCUAAUAAUAAUAAUAAUGUUGAUACUGGUUUACAAAUGGUGUCGUAUUGGCAAUCUUUUCAGAUUGAUAGAAAUAAGUUAUUAGAAUGUUUAUGUAAUAGUGCAAAGUGAAAAGAUAUUUUGACAAUUCUUUUGAUAUAGAUAAAUGAACACAAAACUACUCAUUUUAUUUUGAGCGCUAAAGUAUUAUUUAUUCCUUUUAAAAGUAACCAGUCAAUAAUAUAUGCUUUUAUAUAUACGUUUGUACCUGAUGUUUAUAUUCCUGAUUUAAAAAAGUAUAAAUUAUUUUUUAACACAAAUUUGUUGUUUUUAUAGUUUUGGGAAAUAGUUUAUUUCGCAGUUAGAUCUAGUAGCAUUAAAUGUUGUUUGUAUAGUCUUGUUCAUUAAACCAGAUGGUUUAUAUUUUCUAGCUGAUAAAUAGUGACAAAAAAUGUCGACAGUGCACUUCGUUGAAAAGUGUGCGAAUAGUCCAGUUUAAAUUGGUGGUUUUAGUUUCGGAUACAAUUACAGCAUGGCUAGUCUGUAUUACUCUUCAUGGUGCAUAGCUAGAUAGGGUAAGAUUCAUAUAUGAGAAUCCUCAAAUCCAAGCUCUCGUGCUUACUAAGUGUGUAUCUUGUUUUCCUUUACGUCACCGCAAUUUUCGCAGAAACAAAAGGUUAGAAAUUCGACUUAGCUGAAAUUACCAUUUGUGUUAAGUGUGAGCACUAAUAGAAUAUGAAGCGUAGUCAGAGUUCACGCUUGGCAUUAGUGGGAUUUUGGGAACCCUGUAAUCAAGUGUUUAGUGUUUAUGCUUAUUCACGUCUACAAAUUGUUUCAUAGCUGAAAUCAAGUGAUUUACUCUAUGGUAGAAGUUGAAUUCUGGAGACCAUUUGUAAUGAUGUAAUAUUGUUCACAUAUUUCACUUGUUCUGAAUUAAAUGUCUCCAGACUUCACAUCAUCUGCACUAUCUGUUUUUGCUGAUGAAUGCACUGAGUUCGCUGUUACUGUUUUCAGUGAUUCACUUUCAGUUGUAUGGGGCCAUUUCAAUUCUUUUGACUGUAUGUUCUUUACAUCACUAGGUCACAAAAAUGUAGUAGAU